ACUGAGUGUCGGUCCGUGACUGGGUUCCUCCAACAAAACUCCACAGUCGACUCAGGUCAGCCGCAGGUGAUCGGUUCACCUCAGCCAGUCUUGGGUGCUCUGGGUGAUGAUGUAAUUCUGCCGUGUCACGUGGAGCCUCGGCUCAACGUGGAGAAGCUGACGGUGGAGUGGUGGAGGCCCGACGUCCCGCCUGACCCUGGAGACCCGCUGAGCGAGUACAAGUAUGUCCACCGCUACCAUGACAACCACGAUGAGGAGGGCAUGAAGAUGUCAUCGUACUCUGGGAGGACGACGUUGUUCACAGACAGCCUGAAACACGGCAACAUGUCUCUCAAGAUCCUGAAGGUGAAGCUCUCUGAUCAGGGAAGGUACAGAUGUUUCCUCCCACAGUUACAGAGCCGAGCGAGGGCGACAGUUAUCAAGUUCGUUGUUGAAACAAAGCCUGUUGAAAUCAGGACAACAGAGACGCCAACCCAUCCCACAAUCAUUCAAACCCCACAAUCGAAGAACGAGACGGCCAUUACAGGUGGUCGGCCAUGUCCACGCAGACUGAUCCCACCUGUGCUUUUCUGUGUCUUGCUGAUAAUUGGAGGUGGAUAUUACAUUAAACGGAAGUGUCACAAACAAGAUUUUACAGAGUGUGACAUUCCAGACAAACUCCUUCCACUUUAGAGGCCUUGCUCAAGAGCACCCCGGCAAAUACUGUUAAUGGAGAUGAGUGUCAUACAUGUUCCUCUCCUGGAUCUCCUUGGUAAGUUUUAGGAUUCAAACCAACAACCCUUGCAGCCACAGGUGGACACAGAAGAAGCAAGGUUUUCAGCUUUGAAUGACCCUUUAAACCGAUGACCUUCUUCAUCUGUCUGUUCAGACAGCUGAACACCUGAAUGUUUCAAGGUGAUGAUGCCUCAGACUAUUUGUUUAUAAUGAAGCAGAUGUGAAGCCUUGAGGUCCACUUUUAAUCUCUGCAUAAUGUUUGUCACUUGGAGCCAGGACCCAAAUACUGGGCAGUGCAGUGAACAAGUGCAACCUGAUUGGAAGAGACUGUCGAAAGAUGUGAUGUGUCAGCCAGGUGACAGGUGUUUUUUUUAUGCCAGGGCAGACAGAAACUCACCCAACCUGCACAGUGCUGAACUGGGAGUGGUUCUCAUUCCAUUUUCAUUGCCGAUUUGGUUCAAUGGCUCUGUGCAGCAAGUAAACAAAAUACAAUCUGAACCAAUAUCACAACCAUACAGACACAAUCUGCACUGCGAUGUUUGCCAACACUUACAAGCUAUAAACCCACAAAGUGAAAGUUAAUCACAGUAUUGUUUCCACCUCUUGCUGUAUGCUCACUAGCUCAUAGAGGUACAGUGUCAUACCUGAACGCUACCUGCACUUCCUGCUGCUACAUGACAAACAACUAGGCUAAAUUAGUCUACCCGAAAACUAGCUAUGUAGUUUCCGUAAACUGCACCAGUGAGUGCAGACAGUGUUCAUCAUCUUUAGUUAUCUACUGCAUGUUCUCAUUUUGGCCCCUAGCCUGAACUAACAUCAUCUUUAAGAGAUCUUAUUUAUUAGAGUUUAAUCAAGAUAAAUGAGAUUUGAAAAAUGUGUGUCGAUCAAAUAUUUUGGUGCUGAAAAAGACCCUAAGAGGUGAAAUUUGUUGAUAUCUUUAUGCCAUUGGUGUAAAAACACGCACCACUGAAGAAGUUUAUUAUCAGGUUGGUCUGAACACCACAGUUAGACAAGAAACUAGAACAGUCAACAUGUUCUCAUCCCAAGUCAUCACAUAUCGCUGCUUUGUCUGUGGACUUUCACAUCUACAUAUUACAUGCCAGGUAUUCUUUGGCAUCUGCUGCUGACUUUUGACUUUAAAUAGAAAUACACAUUUAAAUUUUUGCAUACAUAAUGUAUCUAUCAACCACGUGCAAGAUGCCAGGCUCCUGAAUUAUUUAGUAAAUAUGGGAAAUUGUAUUUCUGUUAUGCAAAAUGUUUGACACAAUACUCAACUGAAAAGGUGAUUCCAUUUUUAAUAUUGUCCAAUCAUGACUAUUGCCCAGCAGGUCUAAUGCUACAAUAGGUAAGAUAAAGAGAGAGAGACAUAUAACGUGCUGUUGUGAAACCAGGACAAAUCUUGUUGCAGUGCAUAACUGUGUCGCUUGGUUAUUGUUAAGAACUCUCUUAAUUACUUGUAUUUAUAAGAAAUAUUUCCGUUACAAAGACUCCAUUUAUUUUAUAAAAUAAUUCACCAUUUAGUUUAGAUAGACAUGACCGUUCUGCAAAACUAUAGACAGAAAUGUUACAUUACCAAAAGUAAAGUCAAACAAAUGAUCAAGUACCGAGCUUUGAAUGGAAUUUUACUCCCAUAACAUAUCACACAAGAGAACAGUAAUCCUAUUUAAAUUUUAGUUAAACUGCAUCUUGUGAUAGAAACAUUGAAAUGAUAUCAAAACUAGUUUGGCUAAGUUUUAAACAAAUUAAGGACAACUGUUGGUUUGAUUAUAUUAAUGUGUCGUGGGGCUCUGGAGGGUCUGUCUGAGUUUGUGGACCAGGAACACUGGAGUGAAACAGACUAUUUCAUGUAUUUUUAUUAUUGUGCUGAAUACUGGAGUUAAAGGGACAGUAUUAUGAUGUACGAUGUGUCGGAGAUACUGAUGUGAAACAGACUUUUUUCAUGGACUGUGGGAUAAAGGGACUAUGUUUGAGUAUUUUGACAAAGGUGAAGGGACUAUCUUUAUAUACUUUGAUAAUUGUAUUGAAUAAUAGGGUUUAAGAGACAUUAUCAUGAUUUACACUCUGUUGGAGUGACACAAACUAUCUUAAUAUAUUUUGAAUAUUGUAUUGAAUACUGAAGUGGACAGUAUUAUGAUUUACAAUGUGCUCAACGUACUGGGGUAAAACAGACUUUCCCCAUGUAUUUCAAUUACUGUAUUGAUACUGGAGAGUAAGUGACAGUAUUAUGAUUUACAGUCUAUUGGAGAUACUGGAGUCAAACAGUCUAUCUUCAUGUUUUUGAUUAUUGUAUUGAGUACUGGAAUGAAACAGACUAUUUUCAAGUAACUGGGACAUUGUCUUUAAUGCUAGGUUAAAGGGACUAUUUAAGUAUUUUGAUUACUGUAUUGAAUGAAUAGGGUUAAAGAGACAGUGUCAUUAUUUACACUCUGUUAUUCUGACCAUUGUAUUGAAUAUUGGAGUGUAAGUGACAGAGAUACUGGAGUGAAACAUACUUCUUUAAUGUCUUUGGAUUAUUGUAUUGAAUACUGGCGUUGAACGAACAGUAUUAUGAUUUACACUCUGUUGGAGAUAGUGGAGUGACACAGACUGUCUUCAUGUAAUUUGUUUAUUCUAUUGAAUACCCGAGUGGAUUAGACAGUAUUAUGAUGUACAAUGUGUUGGAGAUACUCAAGUGAAUCAGACUAUCUUCAUGAUUUUGAUUAUAAGAUAAGAUUUAUUGUAUUGAAUAUUAGGGUUAACUACUACUAAAUUGAUUAUUGUAUUGAACACUGAAGUGAAUUGAAUAUUUUUAUUGUUGUAUUGAAUACUGGAGUGAAAGGUACAGUAUUAUGAUUUACAAUAUGUUGAAGACAGUGUUGUAACAAAGACUGUCUUAAUGUAUUUUAAUUAUUGUAUUAAUAGUAGAGUGACAGACCAUUUUCAUAUAUUUUCAUUAUUGUAUUGAAUACUUGCAGAAUGGACAGUAUAAUGAUGUACAACGUGUUGGAGAUACUAAAGUGUAACGGACUGUGUCAUAUAUUCUGUUUAUUGAAUUGCUGUAUUGUCACUAUGAAGUGUUCUGUUUUAUGGACCCCGGGAUGAAACGCUGCUGCAAUGCUAAUGAUAAUGGAGAUCCUAAUAAAUGUAUAAGCUGGUAAGCUAAUGCUAAUUAGCAUUAAAUAUCUAUAGCAUUAUCUUGUUCUGACUACUGCACUUUCUAAAUAAAUA